AUGUUGUCUGCGCGCGCCCGGGCCCUGCUCCAUCGGCCCCCCUCCGGCGCCGCCGGGUCCGUCCGGCAGUAUGCCCGCAGUGCGUCGGCCCUGCUCGGGGACAUCCAGCCCACGCGGGACUUCUUCCGGGCGUCGGCCUACCUGCGAGAGUCGGUGACCGGGCAAUUUUCGCUGCCCCCCUCCCUCGGUGGCGGGGGCAUCCCCAUCAUCUCGGAAAACUCCUCCGGCCCGAGCCCCCCCCCGGCCGGCUCUGCGUCUCACCUCCCUGGCGGUGCUCCGCCGUCGCCGCCAGCGGGGACGGCCGGGGCCAGCCUCGGGCGGCGACGUGCAUCCCGUCCGCGCCCGACGGCGGCGGCCGCUGCUGUUGCUCGAUCGGCGGCGGCGGCGGCGGCCGCCGCCGCCACGGCAGCCGCCGCGGCCCGGCCCUCUCCCCCCUUCCCCUACACGUAUGGCCCCUCGGACCUGUCACGCCAUCCGCAUCUGCCGCAGCUUCUGCCGGAGCAGGCCCUCGUGUCGACGGAGAUGUCCCGGUCCCUGCGCGCCCUGGCCGCCUACUCCCAGGCGCAAAUCAUGGACGCGGCCUUGCCGUACUUCGUCAGCAAGCAGAUCCCGGUGCUGGCCGAGCCGCUGGACCUGGCGCACGAGCUGAUGCGGUCUUCCAUCAAUGGCCGGCAUCAGGCCCUGCUGGAUGCGGUCACCGGGACCGGGGCCUCGCUGGCGCAGACGCACCUGGAAAAUGCCGUCGUCACCAAGUCCCAGCAUCACCAGGGCGUGGACAUGUUCAUCAGCUUCCAGCCGCCGGAGCCCCGGCGCCCGGCCUUCCCCCUGCAUCCCGGGGUGUCGGUCGAGGGGCAGGUGCUCUUGUCGCGGCCCUUCAUCAAUCGGCACCGGGCCAAUCCGAAGAUGUACUUCGAGCUGGUGUCGCAGCUCCGGCACCUGAGCCUGUCGCACUUUCACCCGCUCUUCCGUCAGCACUAUGCCGGGGUGUUGUCGCAGCCGGCGGACGAUGUCCUGCUGCAGCACCUGGCCAGACUGACUCCCGGGGCAUCUUCCAACCCGGGGCACUUGUAUUCCCUCCGCCAGUCGACCCUGGCCCUGGGAGUCGAGGCGCCGGUGGAGAUGCCGGCCGUCGGGCCGGCCACCAGCCCGGCUGCCAUGCAGCUCGUCAGCCCUUCGGCCGGGGCCCCGGGCGACGGGCCGGCCGGCUCCGGCCCCCCCUCGGGGCGGCACUUUCCCCAGCCCCUGCCUCCGCGUUUGGCCGCGGCCAUCGAGGCCGCCGAGCACCAUGGCAUCCUGCUGUCCGGCUACUACCCCCCGGGGAUGGCCAGCGUGGCGGACAUGCGUGCGGCGGCCGAGGCCGUGGCCAAGGCCGAGGCCGAGGCCGCGGCCUUGACCCCCGCCCCGCCGGCCAGCCUCCUCCAGUCGCGGCACUUCAUCGAGCUACUGGAGGCCCUGGAGCGCGCGCCCGGUCGCCAGGCCGCCGCCCAGGAGGCCACCCGGCUGCAUCCCUUCCGCCAGCCGAUGGCCCCGGCCACCGUGAUCCAUUCCCUGCUCCAGCGGUCUCCCCUUCAGAAGAUGCCCCUGAGCGAGAUGCUGGCGGCGCAGCAGCUGUUCCUGGCCUCGCCGGCCCCGACGAUCUUCGACCACUUUGGCCGGCAGUUCCUGACCCUCCUGCGGCGGGAGCUUGGCCGGGUGGUGGCCGCCGGGCACUCGGAUGAGUUGGCCCAGCGGUUCCUGCUGGCCACGCAGUCCUGCUGGUCGGACACGAGCCGGGCGCUGGCAUGGCCGCCGGCGCGCACCGGGCCGGCCGGCCCGCCCGGCGUGCUGGGCCUCUCCCCGGGGCCGCUGGACACCGGUCUCUUGGGCCCGGACGACAUGGCGGCCCUGGCGCCAUUGCUGGACCAGGCCUUUGCCGGGUUGAUGCUUGGGUCGUCGGAUGGCGAGUCGGCCGGCGAGGCCCGGGCGCCCAGCACCGCCAGCCGGCCCUCGCUCGAGGCCCUCCUGACCUUGCCGUUCCCGGUGGCGCCGCCGGCCGAUUCGCCGCUCCUGCAGCCGGCCACUCGAGACAGCUUGACCCUGCUCCUGCGCUUUUACCAGGCUCUGGCGUAUGCCCUGCGUCAUGCCCAUGCCAGCCAGCAGUCGGCCGUGGCGCUGCUCAUGGUGGAUCUCUUCCAGGCGGCCUUCCUGACCGAGGGGUGUCCCCUGCCGGAGGGCCUGUUUCCCGAGGCCUCGACCAGUGGCCGGACGCGUGCCGGCGCUUCGGCGGCCACUCGGCAGGUGUCGGUCUUCGAUCCGGCCCGGUGUCGCGGCCUGCCCCGGCACUUUUCCCUGCUGCUGGAGAAGUUGCACCUGGACCCGCUGAUGGACUUGCCGGAUUUGGCCGGGCGGCUGGUCCUCUCUCCGGACUUCUACCUGAAGACCCUGGGCCCGUUGCUUCGCGUGGCCCCGAUGGGCACCGGCUCGCCGAUGGACCAGAUGGUGGCCAGUGUUUUUGCCACGCCCGAGGCGUUGGCCCGCGGCCAGGCCCCAAUGGCCAGCAAUGCGGUUCCGCUGCUGGACCAGAUGCAGCGCGAAUUGGCCGGGCGCCUGUUGGCCGAGCUCGGCUCGCACAUGGAGUCCGGCCGGGUGAUCCACCACUUGCAUAUGGUGGCCCUCUUUGAGCCGGCCCUUCCCCGGGCCGAGGCCGCUUCGGACUCCCCCCUGGAGUCGCUGUUGCAGAUGUUCCACCACCCGCACACCAGCCCCCUGGCGGCGGUCCUGCAGCAGCUGCCCUAUCUGCACAUCAAGGGUGCGGUUGGCCUGCUGGCGCAGCGCUUUGCCCAGGAGGCCGGGCUGCCGGCCGCCUCGGGGAAUCCCUUUGUGGCGCUCGGCCAGCCGGGGGUCCCGCUAUCCGAGCUGCUGGUGCCGCCGUCGCUGGAGCCGGCCAUGGCCACGGGCGAAUCGCCAAGCGGCCGGGGGUCCGCGGCCGAGUCGCACCUGGACAGUCUCGGCAUGCUGACCAGCGCCACGAUGGCCGCUUCGUACCGGCGACUGUCGGAGCAGGUGGCCGUGUGCCGGCUGUUUGGCCUGCUGCUGGCGCCCUUUGCCGAGACGGCGGCCUAUCCAUUGGCCUCCGGGGCCGAGGUGAUCGCCGAUGGCCAGGACAUGCUCCGGGCAUUUGCCGACCUUGGGGCGGACUUCGGCCGGGUGCCGGACUUCAGCGAGAUGGACAUCCGUCCGCGUGAUACGGCCAUCCAAUUCCUGCUCAAUUUGCCGGGCGCACGGGUCAGCGCGCCGGGGCUGUCCGACCGCCUGGCGGCGUCUCCGUCGCUGCCUUUCGCGGCGGUCGCCACGACCAUCGGCGCCACCCCCCCGGGCGAAGACCGGUCCAUGGGCAUGCCUGAGUCCGGGGCCCGGGACCAUGGCGGCAGUGGCAGCGGCGGCGGUGGGAUCCCCACCAGCCGGCGCCCCUCGGCGCGGUCCCUCGGGACCCAGCCUCCGGCCGGUUUGUCGCCCUUUGCCCCGUCGGUGGCGCCGCUGGGCGGGCCGAGCAUGUCCGGGCCCCGGGGCCCGGGGCCCAGCGGGGCCCCGGCCGCCGCGGCCACCACCCUCUCGGCCUUGCAGUUCUAUGCCCACCACUUUGGGGCCGACGUGCGCAAUGAGCAGGAGGAUGACUUCAUGCUGCACAUGAUGGAGCCGCUGUUGCACCAGCCCUCGGCCCCCACGCGCCAGGCUCUGCGGUAUUACUCGCAGCUGUUUGACGGGUCGAAUGUGGCGCGGAUUUUGGCCAAAAUCCGCGCGACCCAGCCCCCGGUGGCGGCUCCCCUGGCCAAUCCCCCGGCGGCGCCCUUGCAAAUGAUGUUCCGCUGGUGGCCGCUGUUUGCCAUGUUGCCGGCCUUGCAGGGCCCCCAGCCGGAGCGCGAUUUGCUGGAGCUCUUUUCGAAUGGCGACCCGCUGUCGGCCGAUCGGUCCGGGUCCAUGGUCUAUGACCUGCUGCUGGACUGGGGCACCUUCGUGUCGAAGCAGCCCCUGAGUGAUCCCUUCUCCGGCCAGAUGAACUCCGGCAUGGCGGCCACCAGCGGGCUGGCCAUCCGGCGGCCGGAGCCCGUGCCGGUGCCGGUGCCGAUGGCGCCGGCCGCCGACGAGCCGGGCUCCAGCCCGGCCCCGGGGCCUGACGCCGGGCCCCUGGCCGAGCUCCGGCACUUCUUCGGGCUCUCGCCGCGCGAGUACAAGCGCGCCACGGCGGACAUGUACUCGCGCGAGUUGGAAGACGCGCGGGCCAUCGCCGCGCACAUGCUGCACUCGAUGCUGCUGGCCCAGACGACCGACGAGCUCCGUGCCUCGGCGGCCAAUUCGCACCUCUCGCUGUCCUUCGUGACGCAGGAGACCCCGGGCGGCCCCGGCCGCCGGGUCAUGGAGCCGCAGUUUGACGCGUGGGAGGAGAGCGGCGUGGACUUCGACGGUAAUGACAUGCUCUUCAGCGAUGACGAUGACAAUGAUGAUGGCGAUGCCUUUGUUGUUGGCGCCGGUGACCGGGCCACUGCCAUGGCCAAUGGCCGGAACCUGCUGCUGAGCCUCGAUGACGAUGUCGACCAUGAUGAUGGGCAUGCUGGCGCUGCUGCUGCUGCUGCCGCCGCCGAUGACGAUGAUGAUGUUGACAUCGGCCGGGGCGCCGAUGUCGAUGGAGGGUCCUCCUCGGAUGGGGGGGCCUUCCUGUCGGAUGGCACGUCCUCCGGUGAUGAGCUCCUGGUGGAUGACCGGGGCCGGGGCGCGGCCGGCCGCCGGAGCCCCGCGGAUCCGGACGCCGCUGGCCCGGCGGGGCUGCAUGCCACGCAUGUGGACGCCGCGCGCGAGGCGCUCCUUCGUUACCUGGACUCGGAGUUUGUGCCAGCCGGGCGGGUCAUCCGCACGGAGGUGGACUUCGCGGCGGUGGCCUCGCGGGCUCUGUUGCAGCCGCUGGCUCUGGGGGCCGAGCGGUGGCCGGUCCCCGGGGUCCCGGUGUCCGGGCGUCAUGCGCAGCCCCUCCCCUCGGGGGUUCUGCUGCAGCACCGGCACCCGAGCUUCAACCGGUAUCUGGAGCUGGCCGGCAUGUCGAGCGAGCACCAUGUCCGCCGGGAGCAGGCCCUGCGGCAGCUCCGUGGCAUUGAGCGCCAUGUGCGCAGCCAAUUGGAGGAGGAUCGCGCGGCGGCGGCGGCUCUGGCGGCCGCCGGGCCGAGUGAUGUCCUGCCGCCGGGGCCACUGCUGUCGGCCGAGCACCUGGCCCGGGUCCGGGAGGUGGUGGCCCGCGCGCGGAUGGCCUACUUCAGCGCCGAGUGCGAGCUGGCCGCCGUGCAGUGUAGCCUGAGCCAGGCCCAUGUGCGGCUUCUGAGCGACAUGCUGGGCUCGUUGGUCCUGCGUCCGGAGGCCGAAGUGGAUGGUCGGCCGUGUGUCGCCGAGUAUCGGGACUUGGAGGCCGGGCUGGCCGAGCUCCAGGCCAUCACCGACCGCCUGGUCCGGAAGUCCUUCACGGCGGCCAUGUUCAGUGACUUGCGCGAGGCGCGCCAGCACCUGGCCCAGGUGGACCAGUGCCGCACGCGAGCGGCCGAGCUUGGUAGCCGGAUCUUCGGGCUGGCCGAGCAGGCCGCCGCGCCGGAUUGGCCGUUUGCCGCGGCUGACGGGCCUUUGGCCGCGGACGUUGUCCCCGGCGCGCCGGGGACCAUGAUGAGCAUGUCCUCGGCCAAUGCCACCCCGGGCCUGCCGAUGUCCAUGUCCAUGGCCAAUGUGGCGAGUGCCGGUGGUGGUGCCGGUGCCGGUGUCGGUGCCGAUGGUGGUGCCGGUGCUGGGGCCAAUGCCGGCGCUGGCGGAUCGCCGACAUCGCCCACAGGUGGCCGUGGCCGUGGUCGUAGCCGCACUGGCCGGUCGGCCACAUCGGCCCCGGCGACCGGCCCGCGGCGCGAGCGUGAUGCCACCUCGGGCCAGCUAUUUGGCAUGGGCCGACGCCGUGCCUCCACUUUGGCGGGCGGUAUGGCCCUCUCUUCCGCAUCGGCUGCGGCUGCACCAUCGGCUGCGGCUGAGGCUGCGGCUGCGGCUGAGGCUGGCACUGCUGCCGACGGCAAGGCUUCUGCCAAGCCGGCGAUGUCUCCCUCUUCUGCUCCCGCGGCGGCGGCGGCGGCGGCGGCGGCGGCGGCAACGGCCGAGCAGGCCACGGCCCCGGCCCAGCCGCGGAAUCCCUAUGACAAGAACAUCUUCGACAUCGAUGGCGACGCGGAUCUCAUGGAUGACUUGUACUUCCGGCGCUGGCGCAAGGCCAUCGAGUCGCCUUCGCAUGCCAUCGUCAAGCCGGCCUCCUCCGGGGACUUCCCCGGGGGCGGGGCCGAUGUGCUUGGCCCGGGGGCCGGGCUCUUUGGCGUCGGUGAUGAGGAAGACAUGCAUGUCAUCGACGAUGAUCACCCUUUGCUGAAGGAGUUCGACCAGAUGCUGGCUGAUAUUUUCGAGACCUUCACCGAUGACCACGAUCAAAUGGUGUCAAUGUUGGAUCCGAAGUCACGCCGCCUGUUGAUGCAGGAGUUCUCCGAGCUGACGGCCCCUCGGGAGGAGGAUGGUGCCGAUCUGGAUGUCAUUUCGCCGCUGCUGUCCAGCCCGGCGCCGGCCAGCUCAGCAGCCCUGUCGAAUGCCCUGGCCUACAAGCAGCGACUGAAGCAGCAGCAGCAGCAGCAGCAGCAGCAGCAGCAGCAGCAGCAGCGUGAGCAGACUGCUGCUGCCGCCGCCACCGACGACGAUGAGGAGACCAAGCCCUCAGCCCACGAGGAGUUGAAGGACUCAUCGAAGAUCGACAAGUAG